AUGUCUGCUUCGCAAGGUUCACGCUGGAAGCACAAGGCAGCUAUUCUUCUUUACUCUUCGUUUGGGGCAGUGCUUGGUGUCGCGCUAUGCAUAGGUUUUAUCCCCUACAAGGACUUUGAGAUAGCGAAGGAAAAGGCUGUGCCAGAUCAGACGCGCCAUGGCAAGCAGUGGUCUGCCUCUGCCCCCUUAGGUUCUCUCCAGGAUAUCAUUGAGGACAUUGAGGAUAGGUACGAUGUCAAUUUGCCAGCGAUUCUCGGAAUAGCUUCGAUGCUGGGCGUGUUCCUUCUAUUUCUUUUUGCCCUUAUACUUAUAAGCAUCAUCAAGUGCGCCUUGGCCUGCAAGUGCGCUGCGAAUAACAAGCAUCUGCGUUCUCAGCGUUUCGAGGUGGCGUACAGGAUCCUUUUGGGCCUGGGCCUCCCCGUUUAUAUCCCUGCAUAUCUGAUGCAUGUAUGGACAGUGAGCUUCCUCCUUUCUCCAGGAUCCCUUAGGAAUGUGUUGUGGGGCGUGGGGUGCUAUAUGGGAAUUCACGCUCUUGUGCUCGGGCUGACUGCCGCCUUUGUCAUGAUAAUAGGGCCCCCAAUCCUUUACUCUGGAAGGCCGAGCCUAAUAGCGAUCCUUUACAUACUCAGCGCAGCCAUUGCUGGGUCAGUCCUGUUCGCGCUCAUUAUCAUCGACGGGAUCCGCAUCAACGUUCCUUAUUCCGACCUUCUGUCAAUCUGCUAUGUCCAUGUGCCAACUAUUUUAGUCGCGCAUACCUUACUAUACGUAUUUACUGUGACAAACCAAGAGGGAUGCAGGCUAACGUGCCAGAGUAGGCGUCCCAACCUCAAGAAGUCGGAGGAAAAAGACGCCAAUGCGGAAGAGGUCAACGAGCUCCUUGAAGGCUCCCAAAGUAAUGAGAAUGUAUUUUAA